AUGCUCGCGCUCAAUUGGACCCCUCCGCCCUCAUCGCCGCUCUUUGACGAGCCAUCGUCUGGCUCUGCUACUCAGGAUGAGCCUCGAUCAGGCUCCAACGGCCCCCUCUCCUCCAGCCCGAAUGUCGACAGUCUGAAGCAGGUCUCUCACUCUUCCUCCACCUCGAGUUUGACCGCGCCCACUAGCAGUGCGCAGGGACGGGGCGCUUCUACUUCCCCACAGCCUCGAAGCUACGCUGCAGCAGCCGGUGAUCGUGCCCCUGCUCGCUCUGCAUCCACUCCAGUACAUCAACAGGUUCAAGGACCUCCAGCGUCACAACUUGGCUAUCAAAUGCCUUCUGUAGCCAAUGUUCACGCUGGCUUUCGUGGUCCCGUGAGUCCGCGUUACAAUGUUGCGUCUUACAUUGCGCCUCCUUCAUUGGCGCCGCUCGUGUCACGCAAAUGCACUAGCCGCGCAGACUUGCUCACUCCAUUUCGCCAUCCUUCCCUUGCAGCUGAUGCCCGGCAUGCCUGGCAUGCCGGCCUUUGGUCAAGCUCCGCCUAUGGGAACGGCGCCGAACAUGGGUAGUCAUCCACAAUUCGCAUGGGCGCAGUACCAACAAAUGCUAGCUGCUCAAGCCCAGGGCCGCCACCCAGCCCCACAUGACCACUCGGGCUCAUCCAACGCAGGCAGCGCUUCAAGUGUCACAGAGGAUGGAAGGAGACGACGAACCACAUCUGGACCACAGAGAGCGCCACCUCUCACUUACAACGACACGCUCACGCAACAAGCCUAUCCCGGUGUCUCUUUUGGGUCCAAUGCGCCAUCACACAUGCGGAACAAUUUGCCCGGCGGCACUAUGGCAUCUUCCUCAUCGCAUUCCUCCGUCGUGUCGUCGACCUCAAACAGCGGCUCGUCGAACGCACCGUCGAGCUUUCAUCCGUAUCGUCGAGGAACCAGUAGGUCUGACGCGAGCGCAUCCCAGCCGAUCCAGUUCGGCGCGGGUACACCUGGUGUUCCACCUCUUCCAGAUGCCUCGGGCUCUCCUCGUCUCCGCUCGUCAAGCACCACCUCAGCAACCAGCGCAAAUCAGCGCGUGGGAGGCGCUCAUCCACCAGUGACCUACUCUGCCGUGGCCGCUGGACGCGCACAGCAGCAGCAGCAGCAGAGUACGCUCGGAGCAGGCUCUUUAAGAGGCGCAAGUGGCCGCAACGCUGGCGUACCCUCCAGCUCUUCCACAGACUCUUUGCCCCGGCGGCCUGAUGGGGCCCCAAGAUCUGCCAGCAUGCGCUCCUCCGACUCCACCACAACCCCGGAUACUCGCAAAGACUCUUUCUCUUCCGUCAGCAGCUCUGUCCGUGGCGCUCCUGCUACUCCCACUGCUCACAGUACCACCUUGGCGGCCGGAGCCGGGGGCAAGAAGCCCUCGCCACUUUCUCGAGCUACGAAAGCUUCGAAUGGGCAGGCCGAAGAUGAUGACGAUCGAGGGGCAAUCUAUGGUGGCAGCGAUGAUGAGACCGCGGACGGUCGCGCGACACCCGUCGCAACACCCUCCAAGAAGGGUGGAUUCGGCAAGCUCCGCAAAGCUCUAUCAUUCUCGAACAUGAAUGACGUUCAACAGGCCGAGAGCAGUCCUGCCUCCACUCGUUCACCUCUUGCUCGCCGUGUGGAGCCCGCGAAUCAUCAGCAAUCUUCUGGUGACACCAACGGAUCUUCCGGCUCAACACGAUCCACAUCGCCUCCCCGCACUCCAGACAACGGUGCUCCCAUUGCUUCGUCGUCAGGAGCCUCGAUCAGUUCGAAGCGUAGUGGAAGACCGCCAAUCGCAGGAUCAGGAGAAGCAAGCGGCAAGCGAAGCCUCUUCAAUCGCAAAUUCAAUUCCUCGUCGGACAAUCUCUCCAUCUCCUCGACAGUGUCCAGCGCCUCGGUCAUGCUUCGGAAGGUGGGCAAUCUCGGUAAGCUGGCAAGACGGAGAAGCCUCGCGGGCUUGACAAACAUGUUCAACAAGGAUCGCGACGCCGGCAGAGAAGGCAUCCACGAUGAUGAUUUUGGCGCGCCAUCUAACGCGCUGGACGAGCAGCCGGCACCCAAGGACAAGAAAGCAGAGAAGAGCAAGAAGGGCGCACCAGCCGCGGCCUCUGUGUCCCACGCUACCGUCGAGCUCGAGUCCGCAGAUAUGAUGACCCCUGCCGCUUCCUACGUGCGACAACAUCAACUGCAAAUGCGUGCCGAAGCGGAGGCACGUGCGGAGAGAGAGCGAAUCGCAGCCGCGGCUCUUGCGGCCGCUGCAGAGGCUGAAGCUCGCAGCGCGAAGAAUCGGUCGAAGACGACUGAUGAUGCAGCCGAAAAUCGUCAAAAGAUGGUCGAGAGGGAAAAGGAGCGGCUCAAGAGCAAACGUGGCUGGCGCAAGAAGCUGAUCGGUGGCAGUAGUGACCCGACUCCCACUCCUGCGCCAACUGGGCUCGAAACAAUGCCUUACACGGAGAACGAGCCAGGAGAUGCGGGAGCGCGCUAUGGGUCCGCCGCUGCUCAGGCCGGACCAAUGGCCGGGUCAAGCGCAAGUGGAUACGAGGAUUCCAAGUACGAUGCUGCAUAUGACGACGAAGAGCUCGAGCCGCCUCGUUUGCCUGGCAUGCGGGCUAGUGGUGAAGACUCUGGCGACGAAUUUGGAGAGACUGAUAGCCUGCGUCACUGGGGCGAAGGCAUUGAGCAAGCAAGGGCUAGUGCUGCCAACGUCAAAUCAGUUCGUCCAAUCCUGAAAAACAGCCUUUCGGUCAACAACUUGCAAGCAGCUGCAGGAAACAAUGGCGGCGGAAGCAGCCCUGGCGGGUUCGAGAAGCCUUUCGCAGGACGAUUACGGGCCAACUCUUACGACGCCAAUCAGUCAGGUCUAGGAGUUGGUGGCGCCUCAGGAGGGGUGCCGUCGAUGUCACAUGUGUCUAGCACACCUGUCGGCACCGACCGGAUCGACGGUGUUGCCCCACGGCCAGAAUCGCCUGCUGCAGGAGACCGAUCAUCUUCAGACACGACACCAACGUCCCGCGUGCCCCCACAGCCUCUUGGACAUCACGCCAACUCGUCGAUGCCCACCCUCUCUCUUAUGAUGAGCCCAAACGGCGGGCCGACUGGCCGUUCGGUCACUGCUCCUCAGAAGAAAAGAAUCCUCUUCGCCGAUCAGCAGAUUUUCCACUCUACAUGGCCUGCACACGUCUACGAUCGUAGAGGCGAGCUUGCCACGUGCAAUCGGCUUACGCCGCUGCUCGCCCAACGAAUCAAGGAGGAGCUCAAUACCUACAAGAUGGAAGAGAUGGCCGUUGCUCCUUCAAGCCGCAUCUACACUCACUUCUUCGUGUGA